AUGGCUGAUGAAUCAAACACAUUGACCUAUAGAGCUAAAAGUCCCCUUUAUAGCGUCAAGGAUGAUCUACAGUUGUUAAGAAGUGCUCAUUCUUCCUCAUGUUCAAUCAACAAAAUUGCAGAAGACAAUUCAAUGGAAGAUGAUCUGUUAUCUAGAAUUGACAGUUUUAUAUCCUCUAUAGAAGCCAAAUUGGAUAAAGUUGAGAAUUUUUUUACUACAGGUGGUAAAUUUGGUGCUGAAAAAAAAAGAGUUGGAAAUGAUGAUGCUUUAGCUACAUUACAAAAUCUUUAUGACACAUUAAUAACUAUCAAGAGCUCAGUGUUCACAAAAUCCGUUAAUUUAGAAAAUUUCAAUAGAAUUUUAGAUGAACAUUAUGGUCAUCUUUUAUCCUCAAUAAAUUCAACAGAAAGUCUUGGAUUUCAUGAAAAAUUACUUACAGGAUUACAUUUCCUUGAUGCCAAAAUAAAUCAAUUUAAUAAUUUGAUUGAGGGUGAAAGAAAGCCGUUACUUGAAGAAAGUACAUCCCCAGAAGACCAGCUAUCUUCAUCAAUCAGAAGCUUCAAUAUCAAAUUUUACAAUUAUGAACGUGCUAUUUCUCAAGGUAUUUCAAGAUUACUUCAUUAUUAUGAAUUACCAUUUCCUUGGAGGGAAAAUAAAUAUAUUAUUAAUGGUUAUAGAUUUCAAAAUAAUCAUUUACAUGCUUUAAAGAGUAUAUGUGAAUGUCAUAAUGAAACCACAAACAUAUGGACUCAUUUAAUUGGUGCUAUGGUUAUGCUUUAUGUUUGUUUUGUUGAUUAUCCUUCAAGUGAAGUUUAUAAACAAGGCACUUUUGCAGAUAAUGCAAUUAUGUAUUUGUUUUUGAUUGCUGGUGUCAAGUGUUUAUUAUCUUCAUCAUUUUGGCAUACAUUCAAUGGUACAACAAACCUGUAUCUGCGUAAAAAAUUUGCGUGUAUUGAUUACACUGGUAUAACUGUUUUAAUUACAACUUCAAUCAUUACCACUGAACACGCUGCCCUUCAUUAUUUCCCCAAAUUAAAAAUCGGAUAUAUUACAUUUUCUUUAAUUUGUGGUAUUAUUGGUUUUUUCUUUAAUUGGUCAGCACAUUUUGAUCGUCCAGAAAGUCGUUGGUUAAGGAUUGGAUUUUUCAUUGCACUUGCAGGAUUAGGGGUUUCAGCAUUUUUUUCAUUAGCAUUCAUUGUGGGAUUAAAACGUGCAUUGACAUUUUAUUUCCCAUUAAUAAGAAGUUUUAUUUGGUACUUAAGUGGUGUUGUGUUUUAUGGUAGUUUAAUUCCAGAAAGAUUUAGAAGUGAUGUUAUUGUUGCUGAGGAUCAACCUGAAGAAUCAGAAAUAGGUUCAGAAGAAUUAAUGAAAAAUAUUGAUUCAUAUUUUAAAAAAUCACCCCCAUUAACAUCAAAUCAAUCAUUUUUAUCCUUAUGGUGGAUUGAUUAUUUUAUGUCAUCCCAUAACAUCUGGCAUGUAUUUGUGGUUUUUGGUUGUUUAGGUCAUUACUCUGGAGUUUACGAGAUGUUCAAAAACAAAGAUCUAAAUGCCAUAUAA